AUGGUGAGAUAUUCAUUUACUUUGUUUCAUUUUUCAGUCCCUCGAAGUCCAAGUCCGGUGAGGGGCGUUUUAGAUAAUUCAGUCUUAGUCUCCACCAUCCCUUCCUCACCUAUAAACAAGGAAGAAGAAGUCGUAGGAUUCCCUGUUAGUAAAUCAUCUCCUGCCCUUAGUGAAUCCGGAUUAAGGAAUCUUGGGAGGGGCAGUUUGACCAGUUUGACAAGUCAAUCUUCAGUUACUAUCCUUAUCAACCCUACGAAUAGUAACAUUAUUUCUACUAAUAAUGCCCUUGGUGUAGGUCAAGCUUCUGAAAUGGCUAAGAGGCCUAUGUUAGGGACAGAUGAGAGAAUGGUUCAGUAG